CGUCACCUUCAUCUCAGUAAGUUCUUUCUUCCACAUCCAUCUUCAUCCCCAGAUAGCCUCCAUGGCUACUACUCAGCACUACCUCUGGGCUUCUGGCCACUUCGUCCUGCUGCUCUCAGCGUUGCGAUACUUUUUCGCAUGGAUCACUUUCAAAAGUGUCUCGUCUUGGUGGUACAAAACGAGUUACACCGGUGCCCUCAUCAGUUAUGCCAUUGUUUGCCAAAAAGCUCUAGGCACUCCUCAACCCAACCUUGCCUAUGUCAGGCGAGCUAUGAUGGAUGAAAACGUCCAAUACCUCUUGCUCGCGUUCUUCUGGUGGUCUUCAAAGCCUAUUACCAUUACCCUUCUUCCAUUCGCCAUUUUCUCUUUGUUCCACGCACUGACCUUUACGCGAACGACCUUGAUGGCUCAGUUCCUUCCACCAGGACCACCUGCUACUGCUGGGGGACCGCCUACUCCUCACCCGUAUGCAAAAAAGCUUCAAGUCUGGGUUAAAAACAACUAUGACUCUGCUAUGCGUGCAGUGGCCUACACCGAACUCCUCAUUCUCGUUCGAGUUGUUCUCGGGGCGCUUGCGUUCCAGAACUCGCUCCUUUCCCCCAUUAUUUAUGUUCACUUUUUGCGACAACGAUACUAUCAAUCGGCAUUCACUCGUGAUGCCUUUGCCGCUAUGGAUGCUCGCAUCGGCGCGCUAAUUGCUCAGCAGAAUAAUCCAACUUUAACCAAUAUCUGGACUCAGGCGCGCGGGUUGAUAGAUCGUUGGGGAGGAAGUAACCUUGCGCCUGCACCUGCAGGUGGACAAUAAAUGUAUAUCGGUAGAACUUAGGCCUCCAAAUCUUGUUGGACUGAUUUGGGAAAUGUGUUCAUACUCCAUACUCCACUCAACGGAAUGACGGGGCGAUGACGUUGGGAUGGGUUUCGUAGAUAUAUAUUGCAGCAGGCUGGGUUUCCAAUACAUACAUACAAC